AAAAAUUCAAACCUAUCCAUGAAUGGGAAACUAGUGCAAUCGCUAAUCAAUUUGUUCCCCUUUUAACAUUAAGAUAUGAUGAUCAAAUGUGUAUUCAUUAUCGGAUUCGAUAAGCUUAUCAAAAAGGGAUAUGUCACGAAUGGGAAACCAAAUAUCCAUGAGAUAAUAGACUACGCAAGUAAAAUAAAAUUUAAAUUUAGACAAAUUGCAAUAGUUUGGCAGAUUAUAAUAGGUGCAGGAACCUUGUGAUAUUAGACAUGAAUUGGAUCAAUUGAAAGAUGAAAUAAGUAAAUUAACACAAUAGAUCCAUUAUAAUAAUUCAAUAAUGUAAUGAUUAUGAUCUAAAAGCUAAGACAACGUCAGACUCAAAGAAGUCACGAUCGACUAAUACAAAAUGUGUCUCCUAUAUAUGAUGACCGAAAGAGAUCGGCUUCACUUGGAUUCAAACAGUAGUAAUAAUUGGUACAAAAAAAGUCGAAGGAGAUAACUCCAAAGGUUACGGAAACAACACCUCAAAGCAUUAAUUAGAUACACAUAACGAUCUCUAAACAUCAUUUAGAUGACACAGAGAUCAAAUCUGUUAUGAGAGACAAUCUAAUAAAAGAUAAACCUCCAAAACCAAUGAAAGUUACUUCGGAGAAUCCUUAGAAGAAGAGUCACUUUGCUGAUUACCAGCACACCGAUACAGAAGAGCCCCCCAUAUUCGAAGACACAGACAGAUAUCCAGUCAGAGAUAAUUAUAUUCCACAAUACAUAUAAUAUUCAUAACAUAGCCAACAAUCCUUAUAAUAAUAAUAAUAAUUCUUAUAAUAAUCUUAAGUAUCCUCAUAAUCAAAUACUAAACAAAGUGAUCAAAUUACACAGAAUACGCAUAACACCAAUUAAACAUUUGCACAACCUCAAUCAAGUUAAAAAUAAUUAUUGCAAACUUCUAAAUCCUCUCAUGGUCAACAAAGAUCCCCAAAUAGAUCUCCAAAAUUUAAAUACUCAUAAAAGUAAUAAUUCAAGAAGAAUCUAGAAACUGUGCAGGAAGAGAACUCACAAUCUUAUAUGAAAUAACAAAGUAGUCACUCUGCUUCCUCAAAAGGGAGAGCAUCUCAUAGAUAAACCAAAACCCAGUCAAACACUCAGGCAGUAUCCAAAAUCAAAGCAUUGCUUGAUUAGGAUAAGAAAUUGCAUAAACAACAUCUAUAAGAUAUAGCGAGUGAAAGAAACUCCGUUACCAACUCUUUUAUAAAUUCAUCAGAAAAAUUAAAAAUGAUGCAUUAAGAAUAUCUAUCUGAAAACAAUAAGUUAUCUACUCAAGAAUUGAAUGAAUCUAUUCAUAAAAGAGCUAUCUCUAAUAGUAGUUUUUAUAAACAAUAGUAAUAACAAAUGUCACCAUAAUUAGAUUAUGAACCAAAGUUAAUGGGACAGGCUCAAUAUAAUUAAUUACAAGGCUCCAUUUCAAUGACCAACUCAAAUAGAGGAAGCAGCUUUCUGGGGAAUCACUAAAUUUAAGAUAAUAUCUUGAUUUAUAGCAAAUACAAACAGUAGAUCUUGGAUCAAUACUCACCAAAAGUAAAUUAUCACUAUCGACCAUCAAGUGUGGGAAAGCAGCAAGAAAGUGACUUGAAACGAUCUGAAGAUUUCAACAGAAGUUCUGUGAGUAGCACCUUCUCUAUGUUCAAUCCGAAUGAAGAAUUAAAGACAUUCUUUUAGAAUGAUUUCUUGGAAAGGAAGAGAUUCACUCAACAGGGAUAUAGUGACAUGAUGAAACAAGUAAGAGAUGUAUCAAUUUAUGUAGUCCUCCUUGAAUUCAUCGCAAGAACACAACUAGCAUCAUAGCAAAUACAUAACGGCAAGUUAGAUUGAGGAUCAAUAAAAUUAUAGUAAAAAUCUAUAUAGUCCCCAAUAAUAUUAAAAUGUUGAUAAAUCUAAUGUGUUCAAUAAUAAUCGAUUAAGUGUAACAAGAAUACUAAAUAAUUCAUAAAUAUGAAAUUAUAUUCGUUUUUUUAUUCUAAUGAAAUUAUUAUUUAUUGCACUCCUAGUGCUAGGAAAUACAUAAUGGAUUACAUCGUAUUAGGCAUUCCAAUCGGAUGAGUUUGACUCCUUGGAUGGUAUAUACAAAAUUAACAUCAAGGCUGGGUGAUCUAAAAUUAAUUCGAAGCAACUACAGACAUAAUCACAAAAUGUAGUGGUAAGAAUAUAGUUGGAGGACUCAAGACCUUUGGGACGAAAAGCACAGCAACUAAAUUAAUAAAGAUACCACCUCAUUAUAAAUUAAAGUUCAAUCUGCAACUGUGGAAGUAUAGAAAUUACAAUCUAAUUCAACUAGAAUAGGAGAAUGGGAAAACGAUGUAUUUUCAGUUUAUGUUGAUGGAGUUCCCUGGGAAAUGAAAUGGGGAUUUACAGAAGGUGGAAUUCGUUUAUGUGGAGGAUAGGAAUAAAAAAGUAGUGACAAAGUUUUCGAUGUUGAAUUUGAUAUACUUCAUAAUUCACCUACAGUUACAACCGUUUUGGCUACUACUUCUUAAGGGAAAGCAGACGUCUAGGCUUGGGGAUUUAGAUAAAUGAAGAUAUCAUUUAUUCCAUGUCCAUCAGAGUGUGGCAUAUGUCAUAAUGAUAAAGUAUAAGAAUGCAAACAUUGGAAUCAAGAGGCUUUGAGUUGGUUCCAUGUAGAUACCAAAUUAGAAGGCUGGAAAUUAGAGAAUGGAAAACCUAAGGGAUAUGAAUGUUCUGGUAUUGUGGUUUUUGGGGGAUACGAAAAUAUUGGUGCUAAAGCUUUAUUGUCAAAUACAUUUACUAACAUGGUGCCUCAUAGUAAAGUGAUGGUUAAAUUUACUUUUUGGAAGGUAAAAUUACAAUUUAUUUAGAUUGAUUUAUGGGAUAAUGAAGAAUUCUACGUGAAAAUUGAUGAUAAGUAAGUCUAAAAAUUGGCAUUCUAAAAAACAGAUGGAAUUGACUUAUGCGGAGCGUAAAUUUAUGAGUAUUUCUAGUUAAUAAAUAAACCCUGGUUAUGGAGAGAAAAUUGUAUCUAUUGAGAUUAUUUAAAAACAUUCAAGUCCAACUUUAACUAUUUCAUUUACUACUUCAUUGAAGAAUGACCCUGAUGAACAAUCAUGGGGAGUACGUGACUUCUUUUUAUUUGCUGCAUAAUGUACUAAAUUCUGUGAUGAAUGUGUUGGAACUGCAGAAAAUGAAUGUACUAGAUGUUAGCCAACACACAUAUUGUAAGAUGGAAAAUGUGUUAACAAAAAUGAAUGGUAUAUCUUAUCUAAAGAGUUCUUUACUCCUGAGUAAUUUAAUAAAGUAGAUGGAUGGACAUUUUAAGAUGUUGAUCCUGCUGGUCCCAAUCCACCAUUCACUAAAUGUGGUGAUUUAGGAUUAGUUGGUGGUUACUUAGCUUUUGGAAAAGUAUAUCUAAUAAUUUUCAUUUUAGAAAACUACGGUUUAAAAAGUGUUUAACUUACCCAAACAUGACUUUAUUAGAAUUAGAGCUACAGUGUAUAAGAUUGAUCAAUGGGAUGGAGAAGAGUUGACUAUGUAUGUUGAUAACCAAGAAUUCUGGAGUCAAUUCUUAGGAUGGAAUGAUCCUGGUUAAAGUGAUAUUUGUGGUAAUCAGAAUGGAAAUUGGAAAGAAAGAAUUAUGAAUAUAGAUAAAAUCAUCCCUCAUUCUUAAUCGGAGUUAAUUGUGGAUUUCAAAAGCACUCUUUAAAAAACUGCAGAUGAGGCUUCUUGGGGAUUUAGAGAGUUUUUAUUGUUAUAUUCGCCAUUAAAAGAAUGCAUUGAAGUCUUUAGUGAGUGUAAUUAUAAAGGUAAAUCCCAGAAGGUUUGUGACAAUCUUGAAUCUCUUAAAGAUGUAUUUAAUAGAUGCUAUAUAGUCAUAAAUAGAUUUUGAUAUCAAAUCAAUCAAAAUCCCAGAAGGCUUGAAAAUUACAGGUUUUAAGAACCCUGGAUUCAAAGGAGACAGAGUAGAAUAUGAAACCAAUCAAGAAUGUAUUGAUAAAAUUGAAUUUUCAUUGAUUUAAAAGUAAUUAACGGGAAAUCUGAAAUAUAUAAAUAAAUGA